AUGGAAAACGACUUUACCGUUACAGAAUUGUUGCAUUUUAAUAUUGAUGACGUCACUUUGCAGCGCCCUCUACUCGGUACAAACCACCACAGACAGAAUAUAUUACCCAGAAAAGACUAUGAAAGUCUUGACUAUGAUCGAUGCUUUAACAAACCGUAUGAAGUUUAUGUUGAUGAACUUAGUCAACGACAGUCUGCCACGAAGCUUGCGAUUAUAAAGUGGGUAGUCACCUUCAUAGUUGGGUUCCUGACCGGAAUGGUGGCGCUUUUUAUUGACUUUGUUGUGAAGAAAUUGUCCAAGUUGAAAUUUGACACUGUUGAAGACUCUAUUCUACAAUGUUCUCGAGACGGAUGUCUUGUUCUAUCCCUAAUAUACUUGCUUUUAUUCAACGUAGGUUUUGUGAUAGUAGCCUCCAGCCUAGUGGUCAUAGAGCCAAUUGCUGGAGGUUCGGGUAUCCCGGAAAUCAAAUGCUAUCUGAACGGGAUCAAAGUUCCUCGGGUUGGACGUCUUCUGACUUUGGUCAGUAAGAGUAUAGGCGUUCUCUUCAGUGUGGCAGGAGGGUUGUUUGUUGGUAAGGAGGGGCCUAUGAUUCACAGCGGCGCGAUCAUCGGAGCAGGCGUUCCUCAGUUCCAAAGUAUUGCGUUUAAGAAGGUGAAUUUGAAGAAAUAUAGUUUCUUCCGUACAGACAGAGACAAACGAGAUUUUGUUUCCGGUGGAGCAGCAGCAGGUGUGGCAGCUGCCUUUGGAGCUCCAAUAGGAGGGGUGUUGUUCAGUCUGGAGGAGGGAUGUUCCUUCUGGAACCAGUCCCUCACCUGGAGAACUUUUUUUUGUUCAAUGGCUGCAACAUAUUCCUUGAAUUUCUUCCUGUCCGGAAUCGACACGGACAGUUGGGGCUACUUCUAUCUGCCAGGAUUAAUUAACUUCGGGGUGUUUAAGUGUACGAAUGAGAGCGGGAUCGGCUGUCGUCUUUGGGAUAUUACUGACCUAGCGAUCUUCAUCGUAAUGGGAUUCAUUGGAGGCCUGAUGGGAGCUUUGUUUAACAAAAUCAACACUGUCAUCACCAAGCAUCGUAUGAAACACGUCAAUAAAAAACACAAACUCUUCAGGAUUUUAGAAGCAACACUUGUAGCGUCAGUGACAACCUCCGUUUCGUUCGGUGCUUCUAUGGCCGUUGGAGAAUGCUCGCAGAUCCCGCAAAAUCUUGUGAAUGGAUCAUCUAGCACUAUCGAGGACACUGUUCGGACGUACUUCUGUUCUGAUGGCUACUAUAACGACAUGGCUACGCUCUUCUUCAACUCACAGGAGGAGGCUAUUAAACAACUGUUUCACCAACCUGAAACCAACGGUUUCAGCCUCCGGACCCUGGGACUAUUUCUCUUGUUUUUUUUCUUUCUGGCCUGCUGGACAUAUGGUACCAACGUGCCGAGCGGGUUAUUUGUGCCGUGUUUACUCUGUGGCGCCGCCUAUGGACGAUUUGUAGCACGACUCUUAGUAUUACUUGGGUACGGGAACGAAGCCAUUCAUUCCGGUACAUUCGCACUCAUCGGAGCCGCUUCCUUCCUUGGUGGGGUAGUACGAAUGACAAUAAGUCUUACCGUGAUUCUUAUAGAAUCAACCAACGAGAUUUCGUAUGGUCUGCCACUCAUGCUGGUGUUAAUGGUGGCGAAGUGGUCUGGUGAUCUCUUCAACGAGGGUCUGUAUGAUAUACAUAUAAAACUGCGUGGCGUUCCGUUACUGGAGUGGGAGGUUCCGUCAGGGAUGGAAAGGUUGAAAGCGGUAGAUAUAAUGGAGCGAAAACUGCAUUUCUUAUAUCGAAGAACGAGGGUGCAAUCUUUAAUACAAAUUCUCAGAACCACCGCCCACAACGCAUUCCCUGUAGUGUCUAUCAUUGAGGACAAACAGGCAGGGGAUUCGACUGCAGACGAACCUCACUCGCCUACGGAGCACGAUAUUCCGAAAUACGUUCGUCUCCGUAUGGAUGGCUUAAUACUGAGAUCACAAUUGGUCACGCUGCUGAAAAAUGGAGCCAUGUUUGACGAAGACAAUGCGAGGACGAGCCAAUUAGAUCUCAGCUACGAGGAAAUGACGGAGGAUUAUCCCCGAUACCCAGACAUAUAUGACGUCACGAAAACACACGACCUGAACCAGCUGAAACUGGUGGAUGUUGUGCCCUAUAUGAAUCCAUGCCCGUAUACCGUUUACCCUACCACGCCGGUGCCACAAGUGUUCAAUCUCUUCAGAAGUAUGGGACUCCGACACCUACCUGUCGUCAGUCACGAGGGACAGGUAUUGGGGAUGAUUACACGACAUAACCUAACUCACGAGUUCCUUGAAGCAUGUCUGGAGGAGCUUCACGAAAACACAUGCCUAUCCUGAGCACGAUACUGCUCUCUUCUGCAUACGGAACAAUAGAAUGUCUUUGUUUUGGUAAACAAACUAAAUGU